UCCAAGGAGCGGAGCCCGUCGCCGGUUUUGAAGUGGCGCGGGGCAGACGGGCGGGGGCUCUGGCGGCGGCCUGAUCCAUCUCAGCUGGUGACCUAUCGGUGUCCCGCGCCUUCAGCCCUCCGGGAGCUUAGAAUUCGGGCCUCGGCCCUGCGCCGGCCUAGUUAGCUCUGCCCAGCCUCGUCGGGGACGUGCGGGCCGGGCCGGGCCGGGGCCGAAGCUCGGAGAACUACAGGGAGGCCGAGGCCGCGGCUCGUUGUCCCCCGAACCUCAUCGCUGUGUCAUCUCGAUCGCUCUCUCUUUUUCUUUUUCUUUUUCCCCUUUUCUUUUCUUUUUUUUUCUGGGCAGCCCCAAGUUGCGUUGUCACUGGAAGGGGGGAAGAGAGAGACCGCUAAAACUGCACCGAAAUGGCCACAGAGCUCGACUUUCUGAGAGACCAAAAUUUUAAAAAAGAGAAAAAAGCAGUUCAGCAAAACUAACCAAUACAGCAGAUCAGAGACUAAAUGCAAUACUUAGGCAAUAUCAAAUGGAAAAUCUUUCCAAAUAUUCACCUGAACAGAAAACUGCCUUACAAGGAGAUGGAGAUGACACAUUAGAAGCCACUAUGGCUGACAGAAGCUUCUUAGCUCCUCUUAUUGCUGAGUAUGAUAAACAUCUGGAAGAGGUAAAUGGGCAACUAGAAUAUUAUCAGAUACAAGUUGGUGAGAUGAAAUUCCAACUUGAAAACAUCACUAAGGAAAAUGAAAGGUUGCAUGGUGAAUUAAAAGAAGCUGUUGAAAAGCAGUUAGAGGCCAUUCCUUUUGGUCCUUUAUUGGGUACUGAUGUGUUUACAGAUGAAGAAAUGGUCAAGAACCUACAAGAGCAGUUACAACUAGCUAAUCAAGAAAAAAACCAGGCUGUGGAACUCUGGCAGACAGUUUCACAGGAGUUAGACCGACUACAGAAACUCUAUCAAGAUCAUAUAACUGAUACCCAAAUUUACGUAGUUGAAAGACAAAAACAAAAGGAUCAGCUAACUAACUUUAAGCAGCUGACACAGCAACUUCAUGUAGCUAAUGAGAACAUAGAAAUGACUAACCAACAGUUUCUGAAAACAGUAACUGAGCAGAAUGUGGAAAUUGAGCAACUACGCAAACAACUUAGGCAAGCCAAAUUAGACCUCAGAGUUACUACAGCAAAAGUAGGAGAAAUGACCAAAUUAGUUGAAGACCUUCAAGGACAGAUGCAAAAGAAGGUAGAAGAUAUGGAAUCUGCCCAAGGAAGAGAGGAAGCAUCAGACAGGCGAUUACACCAGUUACAAUCUAGUAUAAAACAGCUAGAAACAAGGUUACGUGUAGCAAUCCAAGAAGCUGACCAGCUAAGAUCAGAAAAAACUAAUCUGGAAAAACAGACAAAAGAGCUUCAAGUAAAAUGUGCUGACUUAGAAAAUGAGAAGUAUGAGGCAAUUGUAAGAGCCAGGAACAACAUGCAACUUUUAGAAGAAGCUAACCUUCAGAAAAAUCAGGCAUUGCUUGAAGAAAAACAAAAAGAAGAAGAUAUUGAGAAAAUGAAAGAAACAGUUUCUCGACUUGUACAAGAGGCCGCUGUGCGAACCAGGAAAGAAGUGGCAAAUACAAGAAAACAGUAUAAUUUACAGAUUUCUCGAUUAACAGAAGAACUUUCAGCCCUCCAAAUGGAAUGUGGAGACAAACAGGGCCAAAUUGAAAGGGCCAUGAGAGAAAAGCGGGCAGUGGAAGAAGAACUUGAAAAGAUUUACCGAGAAGGCAGAGGAAAUGAAGGUGAUUAUAGGAAACUAGAAGAAAUGCACCAAAGGUGCUUAAUUGCAGAACGUACCAAGGAUGACCUUCAGUUAAGACUUAAGACAGCACAAAACAGAAUUAAACAACUUGAGAUAAGUUCUGAAGAAGAGAUGUCACGUAGCCAGGAAAGGAUUCAAAAGCUUCAGAGUGUUUUAGAGUCUGAACGAGAGAACUGUGGCACUGUCAGCGAACAAAGGCUGAAACUUCAGCAAGAAAAUGAACAGUUGCAAAAAGACACUGAGGAUUUGAGAAAAAUUGCUCUGGAGGCUCAACAAAAAGCCAAAUUGAAGAUCAGCACAAUGGAACAUGAAUUUUCAGUAAAGGAGCAUGGAUUUGAAAUUCGUUUGAGAGAGCUGGAAGAUAGUAAUCGUAAUUCCACUGUUGAAUUGAGACGUCUGUUAGUAGCUCAACAGAAGGCAACCAACCGGUGGAAAGAUGAAACAAAAAAGCUUACAGAAGCUGCAGAAACUAGGAUCAGCAACUUAAAAAGUGAGCUGAAUCGACAGAAACUUCAUACCCAAGAAUUGCUUUCUCAGCUAGAAACAGCAAAUGAAAAGGUAAUUGAGAAUGAAAAGAUAAUUAUGGAACACCAAGAAAAAACCAACAGACUUCAAAGACGCCUGAGUCAGGCAGAACAGAGAGCUGCUUCAGCCUCUCAGCAGCUCAGUGUGAUUACAGUACAGAGAAGAAAAGCAGCCUCCAUGAUGGAUCUGGAAAAUAUUUAAAAAUAUGCAUCGUUCAUUCACAUCCCUUUAGAGUUGGGAAAGCUGUCAGAGUAGCUGUGUAUUGGAAUGGUAAAGCCUAAAGCAUGUGCUUAGGCUUGUGUCAUUGUGCAUAAGCAGUUUCCUGUUUGGGGGGAUGGGAAAGCCAAACAGUGACAUCUUCACAGUAAGUAAAGGAAAUAGACUACAAAAAUAUGGUCCCCUAAUGAACUUCAGUGGAGAAUAAAGCCAUCUCAGAAGAGUUCAUUCCUUUCAUGAAACUGUAUAUUUGUUUACUUCCUUUUUUCCCCUCUAAAAAUCUGAGUGUUUAUUACAACUCUAAUCAUGAAAAAAAAUGAUAUUGAGAAAAUGCUAGCAGUUUAAUAUUUCUACCUUCAAGAAUUUGUGGACUUCACAACUGAUCAUAACUUCUAAUUAAUUUUCGUAUUUCCUAAAUGUCCAUAUUCUAUAGUGAACUCUUCAAAUUAUAAUAAAUUUUCCUUUUUUAAAAACGAUGCUGUCAUACAUCUUGAUAUAUAAUUGGGAUAAUUUUGCUAUAGCUCUGACUGAUUUCCAGUAUUUCUAGGACUUGCUGCCUAAAGGAUUUUUAGGGUCUAGGACUGUCAUCCAAAGGAAUGAUGAUCAAUUGAGCUCAUGUUCGAAAAUCACUUAAGCAUUUAAAUUUCAGUUAUAUUGAUAUUUAAAAUAUUUGCAUUUAUUAUUAUAUUUACUAAUUCAUAAUUGUUCUAGGAUUCUGUUUUUAUCCAAGUACUUCCUGGUAACUAUAUUAAAUAUAUAGUUCAUAUAUUUUUAUUUGCAAUUUGGUAACAUUACAAGUUAGAUGGUGAAAUACCAGUGUUGAUAUUGCUAUAUCACUUCAGUUUUCAUAGAGCUUAGGUUAUAUAUUGUAUUCAAACAAAAUAAGCAUUCUGAAUUCUUUAAAUCAAUUGUUUGAGCCAACAUUGGCUGAAGUUUUGGAUUGGGAGUUUGUAUUCUAAAUCCAUAUAUGCCAUCUUUCUUUUCUUCUUAGCUUUCACUCUUCUGAUGCCUCAGUUUUCCCUGUUGGUGAAAAUAAUAGAUAUUAUUCCCUAUAGGUUU